AUGAAGAAUGGUCGGGGAGUCUACUACGACGUCUUCGGCCUAGUCCACCAAAACGGGCUCUUCUACCUGGACAGCAUGCGGAUCUUUACCACUGGGAGUGUGGACGAGAGCAGGUUAAGGGACAUCCUAAGGGAGGCGGACGUCAAUAUAAAGCGGAUCAGACUCCUGGGGAACGAUCCGAGUAAAGACCGUAGGACCUGGGCAGCUGAGGCCCUGCAGCAUCAGAAGGUCGGCAUCGAUGACAAUUUAACACAGGCAGGGAGGGUCGAGAGAAAGUGCCUGGCCCCGCUGCGGCAGGACAUCAUGCGACAAGGUGCGAUCCCAGUCUGGAGGAACGGGGCCGAGCUAUACAUAAAGGAGCGACCAGGCGGAAAAGCGCAGCCGUAUGGACCCGGAAUGAUACCGACAGCGACCUGGGCAGCGCGGAGUACGGUGCCGACGGAGGCGAUAGCGAUUGAGAAGGGACUGCAGCUGCCGAGCAGGGAGCUGACGGCAGUGAAUAUGUCGGUGGCAACGCAGGAGGCGGUGAAGGAGGGGCCAUCGGCAGCAGGGGCCCCGGAGGUGGCACCUCGGGAGUGGCAGCAGCAGCUACGACUGCAGCAGCCGGGAAGGGGUGUGUACGGGGCUCCAAGAUGGCGGCCGCAGGGUCUGCAGCUCCGGCCGUCGCAGGGGCAGCAAACCCAACGGCAGCUAUUGCACCAGCGACCACCUUGUGGGCGUGUGGUGUGCGGGCAUCGCUAUCCCCAUCCGUGGCCUGAAGGGCAGGGCCGGCAGUGA